AUGAGUGGCGGUCUAUUUAAUACGGGUGAAGAAGUUGACCCCUGGUCUUCAACAAGUAAGUGGAACGAACCUCCUGAGGGGACUGAAACAUCUUUUAAUAAGGCACCCCUUCAAAAUCAAUUUCCUUCAAUGUAUUUGACUUCCUCGCAAUUAUUACUCAACAAUGCCAAUUCUUCUUCAAGUCCAAGGCAGAAGACUGUUAUUUCCAAUAUCCCGCAGUCAUAUGAGCUUUUACACUCUGAGUUGUUGAACAAAAUUUCAACAAUUCACGAUUUAGAGUAUCACAUUUUGGAUAAAUUGAUUCAAAUGAACUAUAUAACCAGUUACCAGAAAUCGAGAUUAUUAGACGUGAUAUAUGAAAAUGACUUGUUACCAAUUACUUUGGCUCAAAAAUUUUACCAAAUUUUGGGUUUAAUUGCAUUAGAAAUUGAUGUACCUGGAUCAGGCGAUUUUGUUACUUUGCAAUUCAGGUUGAAUAACUUACCCGAAUUACCGGCAAACUUCAUCAAGUUGAUCAAGAAGGAAGAGGAACAAGAGAUUUUUAAUGAUCCACUAAUGGGAAACUCUUCAAGAACCGAUGCUGAUCAAGAAAAUGAUGCCAAUGCUGAUGAUUAUAAUGACGAGGAUAAUAAUAAUAAUAACAACAAUACUAAUAAUAGAGGAAAUUGGAAUAAAGUUGACCCUAUGCUUACUGAUCAUUCCAAGUCUCAAAACAUUCUUUCGGGAAAGACUACUAGUGAUGGCGGCAACAACAACGAGACAGAGACAGUUAAUGCCAAAUAUAUAGAAAAGUACAUUGAAGAUAUUAGAGAUGAGUUCAAGCCUUUAUUACUUGAAGAAGAUCCAAUAAAGAUAAAGGAAGUUCCAGAAAAGGAAGGAUUACUAUUCAAGCACAUCAACUAUAUAAUAACUCAUAGCUUGACCUUGGGAAAAGGGGGAUCAUCGGGUCAGAAAAAAGUAGUGAGGAGAUAUUCCGAUUUUGCAUGGCUUUUGGAUUACUUGUUACAAAAGUAUCCCUUUAGAAUGAUUCCUGGGUUGCCACCAAAGAAGUUUACUGUAGGGGCUUCGCCGGAUUCCCAGUUUUUACAAAGACGUCGUCGUGGAUUGCACCGGUUCUUGAACCAGUUGAUCAAACACCCAGUGUUUAGAGAAGAACCAAUAGUACAAUCUUUUCUUUCUGUGCCGACGGAUCUAACCACUUGGAAGAAACAAGCCAAAAUCGACUAUUCGUUGGAGUUCAAAGGUGAAAAAAUUCAAACCGAUUUUAUAAAUACAGUGUGGCCGGUGAUUGGUGAAGAGUUUUUAGCAAACUGGGCUUUAGCAGAGCAAAACAUAAAAUCUGUUAUUGAUAAAUGGGUAAAGAUCAUAAUCAUUAUUGAAAGACACGAAAGAAGACAGCAACAAAUGAGUUUUGAUAAUCAAAAGUUUGUAGAAAUUGUUAAUCAAUUCAAACAAUUGGAUCUAGCGAUAUACCCACUGGAGAGGUCAGGGGCACCACUACCACCACCACCACCAACGACAACAACAACAACAACAACAACAACAACAACAACAACAACAACAACAAUAGCAGCAGCAGCAGCAGCAGCAGCAGCAGCAGCGACGGCAACGACAACGACAACGACUUUUUUGCAGAACAACGAUAUUGAAGGAAUAAACUCGAGUCUAUCGUCUAUUGGAGAGUUUUAUACUAAAUCGUCGCAAUUAAUUGUAGAUGAUAGUUAUAUCAUCAAUACCAAACUGUUGGAGAAAUUCAAAAACUAUAUGGAUUAUCUUUACUCGCUUCAAGAAUUAUUCGAAAGAAGUAAGAGAUUGUCAGUCAAUGAAAUUGAGAGUUUGAAUAAACGUAUAAAGGAAAAUGAGGCCAAGUUUAAGAAAUUGAAUACAGAAAAUGCCGAUUCUCGAGGAGCAGAUAUUACAAGAUUAAGACAAUUGAUAAUAAACGAUAAGCAAGAAAUCUUUCAACAAUUAAAUAAAGACUGGCUAAUUAAGCAGUGUUGCUUUAAAGAAUUUAUUAUGUUUCAAGAAACUCAAUAUUUGAUUAGUGAAAUUUGGCUUGAAUGGUGUAAAGAUCGCACCAAGUUUCAAGAAAGAAUGACUACGUUAUACGACAAUUUGAGUAAUGAAAUUGGUAACGAUAUGCCUACUAGUAGAUGA